AGAGAGAGAGAGAAGCAGGAGAUGGAGAGAGCAGGGUAUUCCUGCACGGUGCCGUUCUGCGUGGGUUUGAAGAAGACCUUCAACUGGAGAGAUCUGAGGGACCCUUGUUCAUGGUGCGUGACUCGUCUAAACCUUUAGCGUGAGAUGCAGCUUCCUCUCUAGAAUGAGGCAUGAUUGUCUUGCGUGUCUGUUUUAUUGACAUCCCCGACUGCUUGACGCACUGAUCACCGGAGGUGUGAUGAAUAGACUCUGUAUGGGGACACUGGGUUCUCUCUCUAUGGACUUACCGUAAACAUUUCCACUGAUCCAAGUGGCAUUUAGACUGACUCCUCAGUUUGACUCUUCAGUCUGUCAGCAUCUCCUCCACUCACCGUGGAGCAGGUUGGUGAAACGAUGUGCCUUGAUCUGAGGUUACCAGUUCUGCAUGUCUCCCAGAUGUAAUUUUACUCUUUGUCGUCCUUGAAGGAAUUUUCGAUCUCGUUUCCAUCUCGUUCGCUGUAAUUUUUGCCUUCAAAUCUGCCUCUUGUUGAAUGUAGUCAAUGGAAUCGGGAGCAUGCUUUUCAUGCAGGUGUGGAGAGGUGGGCACAUGUCUGCAUGCUUAACAUAGGCGUGAGAGGACCAGAGAACAGUGUUAUGAAAAGAAUGAAGUCGGCGAAGAAACAUGAAGGUGUGAAAGAGUACAAAGGACAUUAGCUAAAUUCUUUCCCACUCUAGGGAACGAGGUCACGGUUCACUUCAUUUUGACAUACUUGCCUGAAUUAUCUCUUUCUGUGAAUUCUUUGAUUCCUUUUCCGCUGUAGAAGCCACUGAACAUUAUUUGACUCUUUGAAUUUAUUUUCUGUCCUUGAUCGGUUGAGAAAUUCUGGACCACAUGAACCGAACCGGGACCUCACAGUCAAAAACCACCUACCUUAUCUCCCUCACCUUGGUGAAGGUAGAAACCACUGAGGAAAAUGAGUUGGAGAAGUCUAGGCUGGCUGUGGGGGGAGCAGUGUACGAUUCCGAUGGAGCGAAACAUCUCAAGCACACUGGAUUCAAUAAUGAGGGCCAGGAACGCCAGAAAAUGGGUGAGGCUGUUGAGCUGGAAGCUGGAGAAUCUGUCAAAUUCUCAGUGGAACAGGAAAUACUCCAAAGCCCAAGGGAGGACAAGGCACUUUUUGCAGAUGGUGUUCAUCCCGGAAUUAGACAAAAAUCAAUGAUCUCACCCACCACAGAGAAUGGAAGAGCCAGAGAAUCCACUGGAAUGCCCCAAACCUCUUUUUCCCGGGAUGUAGCUAGGCAUCUUGGUGACAUCCCAGUCCGUGCAACCCAGCGGCCUGUGUCGCUCCUUAAAGCUCACGGAGGUGGCCGUGAAUUUAAAGAGUCCAGAGAGAGCAUCCAUGCCUCCUCCAAGAGCCUUGACCGUAAGGACAGUCGGACCAGGAUCCAGUCCCCAACCAGCCCAACUCCUGGAUCUUUUCGGGCAUCGUGGGCUGUAAGCGAGGUGAAACCUUGCGAUGAACACCUCAAAGGGGGUGUUGGGAUGAAGAAACCCACUGAAGGGGACAUCAUAGCCAUGCGAGCCCAAAGCCCUCGAGCAGAGAGAUUAAAGUCAGGAUCUACAUCUCUUCCGACCCCUGUCACCUUGAUUACCAAGCCUCAACGCAAAGGAAAGAGUCGCACCCUGGACAACAGUGACCUGAACUGUCUAUCCGAGGACCUCCUGAAGUGCAAAGGUGGUCAAAUGGUAGCAGACUUUAGAACAGCUCAGUCCCAGGGGGCUUCAGCACGUGACCGCAAAAUGCUAAGAUUUAUUAGUGGCAUUUUUACCAAGAGCACUCCAGUUGCAACCAGUGCAACCAUUGUGACCCCAGUCUAUAGCACCAUUCAGAGGGAAUCCAGUGAAGAGGAAGUGAAAGGGUAUUAUUGUUAUCUUUCGCUUUUGUCCUCUUUUUCUUCUCUGGAAGGGGGAAGAUAUAAAAAAGAGGUGUUGGUGGAGGGACAGAGUCAUUUAUUGCUGAUCCGAGAGGAAUCUGGCCCACCAAGUGCACAGAUCUGCAACUGGCUUGAUGGCGUCAUCCUAGUUUUUAGUCUGGAAAAUGAAGCAAGUUUCCAGGAUGUGUACAAGAACUACAGUGAGCUAAGUGCCCAUCGUAACAUAGCAGAAAUCCCCAUUAUAGGAGUUGGAACACAAGAUAAGAUUAGUAGCACUAACGCCCGUGUGAUUGAGGACAAGAGAGUCCAGCAGCUGUGUAUAGAUGUGCGUCGCUGCACUUAUUUUGAGACCUGUGCCACAUAUGGACUUAAUGUGGACAGAGUAUUUAAUGAAAUGACUCACAAGAUUGUCGCUGCCAAGAAGCAAGCCGCCCUUCUGGCCUCCUGUAAAUCCCUCCCAAACUCCCCGAGUCACUCAGGGGCCUCGACUCCAGUGUCAGGGCCCGGACAGGCCAGUAAUGGGGGUCAGAGUAGUGAUUACCCCUCCUCUUUGCCUUCUACCCCUGUGAUAAAUCACAAAGACAUACGGGGUGGGGCAAGUGGAGAUGGGGGCUCGCAAAGAAUUCUGCCCCGACGACGGACAUCUUUAUUUGCGAACCGUCGUGGAAGUGAUUCUGAAAAAAGAGCUUCUGAUAGCAGAAGUGACAUGAGCAGUCGAUCAGUUCCUAUCAAACAGGGGACUUUGUGGAAACGCAGUGAACGCUCUUUAAACAAGGAGUGGAAGAAGAAGUAUGUGACGCUGUCAAACAAUGGCAUGCUUAUAUAUCAUUCAAAUAUAAAUGAGUUUCUGCAGAAUGCUCAAGGUAAAGAGAUGGACUUAUUGCGAGUAACAGUGAAGGUGCCAGGAAAGCGUCUUCAUCGUGCUGCUACUCCUGCUGGACCGUCCCCUGGCCCUACUCUCGUUCCUGUGCCUGGUGUAAAUGGACUUAGUAAAGACAAGCAGUCAUCUGAAGGUGGCGCUACAUCAAAUCUUCUGACUGUAGAAGAGGCGUCCAGAACUGGUUUGUCAUUUCAUAAUGAUCAAAAGGUGAAACGUUGCCCGUCAUCUGUGUCUAAUAAAGGCUUCAGUGUGGACUUGAGUAUUGAGGGGGCUACAAGUCCUCCUUUAGGAAAAGACCACAUCCCGUCUUCUCCAAUGACUGACAGGAAGAAGAAAAAACGAAACAGAAGUAUUAACUUGAAAGGAGACGCGGCGGCUGGGCAGGCUGAGGCCAAGCGCAAAAUGUGGAAAUUAAAAAGCUUUGGUAGCUUGCGAAACAUUAACAAAACAGAAGAGGAGAGCGCAGACUUCAUCAUCAUAUCGAGCACAGGACAGAGCUGGCAUUUUGAAGCCCAAAGUCAAGAGGACAGGGACGCCUGGGUUCAGGCCAUCGAAAGCCAGAUCCUUGCAAGUCUACAGAGCUGUGAAAGCAGAAAUAAGGCUCGAAGGAACAGCCAAAGUGAAGCUGUUGCCCUGCAGGCCAUUCGAAAUGCCAAAGGGAACGACCUCUGUGUGGACUGUGGAGCACCAAAUCCAACAUGGGCAAGUCUUAAUCUUGGGGCUUUAAUCUGCAUCGAGUGUUCGGGAAUACACCGGAACCUGGGGACGCACCUGUCCCGUGUGCGCUCGCUAGACCUGGACGACUGGCCCAGUGAACUCACAAAAGUGCUUGCGGCUAUAGGCAACCAUAUGGCUAACAGCAUUUGGGAAACCUGCACCCAAGGGCGCCAAAAGUUGACACCUGAGGCAACAAGAGAGCAGAGAGAGUCGUGGAUCCGUGCCAAAUAUGAACAGCGGGCAUUUGUGUCGCCGUUGCCCGCUCAGUGUUCAGAGGACACAAUGUCGACUUGGUUGCUUAAAGCAGUAAUUGACAGAGACCUUCCCAGACUUCUGCUGCUCCUUGCGCACAGCACCAAGGAAGUGAUCAACAUCCCGCCUGAAGGAGCCGCGCAGCAGCAUCACAGCGCAUUACAUGCGGCCUGCCAGCUGGGCGACGUGGUCAUGACACAGCUGCUGGUCUGGUACGGCAGUGAUGUGAAGUCAAAGGAUCCACAAAGUAGAACCGCGCUGAUGUUGGCGCGCCAAGCCGGCAGCAAAGAGUGUGCUGAGAUUCUUCUCCAACACGGCUGCCCCAGUGAGACGUCACCCACCUCCCCGACACCUGCUCUGUCCCGCAAAAGUAGCAUCACCAGUAUCGGACGUGUCAAUUCCAGGAGGAGGGUCUCGUAACCCAUGAACAUUCAUGAUCAUAUAAACAUUUUCUCCAGGGUCAUUUUUAAUUCUUCAUACAGAGUUGUGUUGUUCCGUGUGUCUGUGAAUUUCUGUCCGAGGACAUUGCCAACAACGCUGUAUUUAUAUACUGUACAUUUAUCCUUGCGGAUUCCUCAGAAAAUGGAAAAAGUAAAGAGAAAAGAAGAAACUCUUAAUUGUCCAUAUUUGAACAGGCUUAGAAUGACAGCUACAAAAUUUCAACAUGCCUUUUUCAAAAAAUGGAAACUGUUUUACCAACUAAAAAGCAAUAUUAUUUAUAAUAUGCUGAUUAAUAUACUGUAAUAUAGAUGCAUUACAUGGUAAAAUGUAGCUUGAGAGUUUCCCAAAGCAAUCUGAGGGAGUGUAUUUACCAUUAUGACUGUCAUUACCAUUGUCCUUUAAAACAGACAUCAUCGCUGAGGGUAAUGUAAGAACAUGUUUAUAUUCAGAAGAAAUAGUAUUUGUCAUUGUGCAUCAUUUCUAUAAACUAUAGACAAUAAACUCUGAUCUUCAACCUCUCUUUGGCACUGCUUGAUAAGUCUCCAUCUUUUUAAAUCAAAAAGCACAUUUUAAUGCCUCAAACCUUCACUAUCAUCGAAGGCCUGUUUGAUUUCAGAUAAAUCACCUGGUUCAAAUUUUGUUAUCAUGCUGUAUGUGUCAACACAAAUAUCAAGUGAUGGAAUUA